AUGGAUAGCAUAAUCUGUGACGUUGUUCCUUCUAUUCGUGGUGAAAAUAAACUUGUUAUUGAGGGUCAUCUCAUGGUUAAAGAUAGAUCUCGCAAUAAUACCUAUUAUUGGUAUUGUGAAAAGCGCUUUACACUAUUUUGUGGUGCACGUGCAGUAACUAAAUUUGAUAGAGCAAUUUCUAACAUUAAAGAACGAACACAUCAAACCUAUGAUAAACCUGCUCGAAUUAUUCAAGACACAACUUCUAGUAUUCUUCAAGAAGUACAUUCGUGUCUUCUAUCACGUGGGGCACUUCAGCAGACAAUUCAACGAAUUCGUCAUUCAGAUCUUCCAGCAGAACCUCAGUUCUUAGAUGACCUUGACGAGUUUCAAAAUAUUCUGUGUAAAGGAUGCCAUUUUCAUUUAGCUCAAAAUGUUUAUCGUAGAGUGCAAACAGUUGGUCUUACAACACGAUAUUCAACUGACGAAAACUUCAGUUUAUUAAUUAGACAACUUCCUGCAUUGGCAUUUUUGCCUUCUAAUGAAAUCCCUCAGGCUUUUAAUCAACUAAAAAAUAUUAUGCCAAUUGAAGCUAUUGGACCUUUGUUUCCACCUGACCUUUGGUCAGUAGUUGAUAAUAUUGAGUCUCAUAUUCCUAGAACCUCGAAUCCAGUUGAAGCCUGGCACAGGCGUUGGAACACUCUAUUAGGUAAUACACAUUUAGGGGUUUUUAGAAUGAUCAAGGAAAUACAAAAGGAACAGAAUCAAGUACAGCUAGAUAUUGAAUCUGUCAUAAGAGGAGCGCCACAUCCUCCACAAAGAAGGCAUAAUCGUGAACAUGAGGCAAGAAUUCAAAGGAUAUAA